AUGAACGCAGUCACGCAGGAAUCCACCCUCAUACAACCAGACCAGGGAGGAAGCACAUCUAUGAACAAAAAAUGGACUGUAGAGUGCCCCGAGAAGGAAAUCCGAAAAAACCGAGAAACAACCACGGGGGUACAGGUCCAAAAAAGAGUGCAAGAAUAUCUCAUGUCCGGACCUAGGGAAGGAAGGGAAGGAACUUAUCUAGCUCACAAUCAAUGCUUCAAGCGAAAGGGAAGGAAAUCUCCCCAAGAGACGCACACAAUGCAAAUAUACAAGCAAGAUACGGGUACGCAAGAACGGGAGCCCGCUAGUACAAGCCUCGAGGGCGGUACCCAAAGGAUCCCGGGAGGAAGAGGAGGGGUAUGGGAUAAUGUCAGAGAGGAUCAAAUAGGUUUGAGACGGCCCCUGCCUGAAGGCAAUUUCCCAGAAAAUACAUCUUUGAGCCGGGGCAAGGAGUCGCAGAAGAGAGACCAACCCAGGAAGGGGGAUCCAGUCUCAGUAGGGUCAGCAACCAGAAGGCGGCAACCAACAGAUGUUUAUCGGGGGGAGGAAUCAAACCAAAGAAAGGACCUGUCCGGCGACAGAAUCCGGAAACCAGAGGAAACUGUAACCGGAAGGGCAGCUAACGACGAGGAGUCUCCGUAUAAGUUGAGAAAUUCUUGGGAGCACGUCGGCUACGAGGGGGGAGGAGAACAGAGAGAAGGAAAGGAAGAAGGGAGAAGUCUCCGGGACGGAUGCAAGAGUCUGAGCGUUGACGUUUAG